GACGGUGUAGAAUGCGACGAUGUAAUUAUUCGAAAGGUAAGCAAACUCCUGCAAGUGAGUGUUCUGUGGCAAUCGUAUGCGCGCGCAACCGCGACUAACUUCAAGCAGUUGUCACUUCGAAGAUGUACCGGUGAUCGCGUUUCGACGUUUUCGUGAUUUUCGUAGGAAAAAUUCUUAGUGUUUUCCUAAAAUGUUUUGUGAAGUGUUGUUAUUCACCGUUUUGUUUAGUAUUUGUGCGCCUAGACAGAUGUUGAUUCAACAAGAGCAACGCGGAAUAUUAAGGGUGAACGAGGCCGAGGGAAGGAGGCACCGAGAUCCGGCCGCCGGGAGGACUCCUAUGAAAAUGCUUCAAUCGUUGAACGCUCUGGCGGGUAAGAUCUCGCCGGGCUCGCCGACCGACAGCAACGCGAACAAGGUGCACAUGCACAACAAUAACAACAACAAUAACAACAACGUGGUGCAUCAUCAUCAUCAUCCGUACUCGAAGCAACAGGCGCAGCAGCCGUCGCCGUCGUCGCAGUCGAGCAACGGCGACCAGAAGGAGAACACGUAAGUAGAUCCGGAGAUCCGAAGUAUAACCGGAAAGAAAAAUAGCGUAAAAGCAAAAAGCGCUCGGUGAGUCGAAAUCACGAAAUGAAACAAUUUUUAGAGGGGGGGAGGGUGGGAAUCGAUUGAGAAGGAAAACAAACAGCCGCGUGAAUAUCUAUCGGCUCGUCAAUUCGGUUUUGAGCGCAGUUAGUUUCGGUGGAACGGACGUGAAAAUGAAGGAGGAAGAGGCAGCCACGAUUCGGCCUCGGUUGUGCGUAAAUCAUUAGCUUUAUCAGCCUCAUACGGUCCGCACCGGCCGCUUUAUCUAUCGUAACGGACGAUAUAUACGUCCGAUUCGGCGAGAAAGCCGGGGGGAAAAAUGUUUGAA